AGGCCGCUGCUACCAGAAGGGGGAGAGGGAGGAGGCGCCAUGCCCGGUGCAUCCUGGGAAAUAAACUAACAUGGGGAGCAGCUCCGGGCUCACCAUGCACUUCAAUCCCACGGAGUGAGAGCCUGACGUGACCCCCCCGCCGCCGCCAUAACACGGCCCACUGCGUCACCGCCUCCCGGGGACGAUGUGAGGGGGCUGGAAGCGAAGAACCGCAGCCUCUCCCGAUGAUGGACAGGAACUACCCGACUCCCACCUUUACCGACCCUCUGGCCCCAGCCUCCCCUGCCGCCUGGGCCUACGAGCGGAGCGCGGCCGGGAUUAAGCCCAGUCUGAGCUAUGGAGGUGGACAUCCGUCUCAUUCAGAAACAGAGCUCCUACACCGACAGACCUAUGCAGCCACUCAUCAGCUCCCUGCAUAUGCCACCACGCACCAUCCUACAGGUUUAUCUGGCAUUUUUGACACCAGCCUCCACGUGGCCGGUGGGAACACUACAGAAACGUCCGUGAUGAACUUUCUAUCUGCAAUAGAGUCUCGGACAGCUCAGGCAGCGUCGUCGGGCGCCACCCUCCUGCCACAGUUCAGGGCUCCAUCAUGGCAAACUGGCAUGCAUUCCUCGACAGAACUGUUUGUUACUGGAGCUUUGCAAACCUCUGGAACAUUUCCAACAUCUGCGCUCUCAGCCUAUCAACACCCAAACACAUUCAGCUCUAGAAACUUUGCCACAACUCCAUCUUUAACUCUUCAAGAUGGGACUUACAGCGCUACGACGAAUGGUCUGCUUUCUCAUCACGACCCUUUGCUGCAAAUCAAGACAUCACAGACUCCUACCGCCUUGACAUUUGAACGUCUUGGCAGCGCUGUGCUUAGUACUGGAAUACCCCAGUCCUCAACAUAUCGGUCUGCCCAGGAAUCUGCGCCUCAUCUCUUACAGCCUCAGUUCAGUUUGUUGCCGUCAGCCCUCGGUGGGACCCAACAGACCGCUCAGCCAUACAGUACAUCAGUGUUUACUGGUUCUACCGCCUCCAUAGAAAGAGCACUUCAGAGGGAAUGUAGUGUUAUAAAACACCAUCAGAGGCCUUCUAGUACGCAGUCUGUACAGGCACAGCUAUCUGGUACUCAGCAUUCCUUACCGAAUUAUUUAACAAGUGUAACUGGGGCCGGCUUGCAGGACACGUCAAGACAGUCCGCUCUGCUAUGUGCUCCUCUCGGAGCUCUUACUCAGGUGAGCAAUGGUGGACCGGUACAGAAAACUACUCAAGUUUCUGUGGAAUUAUCUCAAUCUUACCCAUCUGUCAUACCAUCCCCUGGUUUCCCUCCCUCUUCUACGAAAUCAAAGAACUGCCCCACAAAGGCACCCCCGAGGUCCUCAAAGACCCCCAAAUCUCAGAGUGUAGCGUCUCCUGGGCACACCCAAAGUUAUAUAAAGUCUUCUCAGAAUCAGAGUUCUGUCAUUUCAAGCCAAGCACAAGCCUUCUCCUCAGCACAGCUUAGUAGCCUUUUACCUGUAAGCCAGCCCCCCAUCUAUGUCUCGACACAGUCCCCCAACCUACCAUCUGCUAGUCAAUCGCAAGUGUUUUCAACAAUCAAAUCGGAAAAGCUGCCUCCUUUAUACAAACCACUGACUGCUUUCUCUAGCCAAUCACAAACCAUAACCUCCGGCAGCCAGACACUAAGUUACUCGACGGGUCAGCCGCUUGCGCUGUCGUCUGUUACGAGCGAGAACUACUCAGAUCAAACGCGAGAUUUGUCUUCAGCUAACCAGACUCAAAGUUAUUCUUCCAGUAACACUCAGGGUUUAACUCCAGUCAGUCAAUCACAAGUUAGCUAUUCAUCUCAGUCCCAGGUGAUGUCACCAGUCAGUCCUUCAGAAAGUUAUAAUUCAGGAACGAACCUACCACUGUCAUCCCCAUCUCUUCCAUUUUCUGCUUCCUCUCGCGGGCAGACUUUGCCUGCUUCGAGUCCUACCCAAAAUUACAUUUCUAUGCAUUCAUCACAGGCUACUCAAGACUCUACUUCCCCACAGUCCCAAAAGUUUUUGCCAACCGUCCCCUCGUCCUCCUUUUCAUCCCCUCCGCACUCGCAAGCGUUGCAAAACAGUAGAACGACUGCAGACUCCAAAUCCUACGUCAAGAGGAAGUCCGAGACCAACCUGUAUGCAAGCGUAAAGCAAGAGGAGAAAUUCCAGAUGUCUGAUUUGCAGACGUUACAACAGCAAGCCAAUCUUGAGUCUUCUGCUCAAGGACUAAACGACAGGGAGAUGAGCACACAAGAGACUGCUUACAGUGUUUCCAAGGCGGAUGACCGAUAUUCUCAAAGUGUUAUCAAAAGCAAUUCUCGUCUGGAAGAUCAAGUUCUCGGCCUUCAAGGGCCGAAAAAAGAUGAGCCAAUGAUGAGCCCUGUUGGUCAUAUGUCUCAGCACGUUGGUCAUAUGAACAGUUCGGCUGGCCACGAUGCUAAAAAUUCCACCGACUUGAUACAGCCCACACAGGUUAGUGCUAAGGACUUGAGCCAGCAUAACAUGUUACACAAAGUGCACGAAACAAAGCAUCCGGAGCAGCCAAGCACGUCCCCGCAGCUCCAAGCGGUUUUAAGGCAUCCUCAGCACCUUCAGCUGCAAGGUACGCAGGUACUUCUGGAUUCAGAUUUGCAAAUGUUUCAGCAGUCCAUUUUACAGUCCAGCUUGGGCCAAGCAAAGGCACCUGCAUCAAUGCAGCGCAUUCAGAGUCCUCAACAAGUAGCGCCGCAUUUCCUUCAGAUGGACGGACACAUUAUCCAGAGCAACGGAGGGCAGCCUCAGCCAUCGCUGCACUCUCAAAGCUCCGACGGGAUAAAAAUGGACACCUCCGACGGGAAGCAUCUGCAGCAACACUUGCAGCCAAAAGAUUUUGGCCAGAGAUCACGGCUAGACUCAAAGAAUCAGUUUGAGUCUUUGAACCCCAUGUGUUUUACAGAGUCCAUGUUGCUCAGCGAUGAAAGGAACUUUUUGUCUCAUGUUGAUGACAUUUUAGCAGCAACCGCAGCCCAAGAAUUUGCCAAGUCUUCGAGCGAGGAUAACUUGUCUGUCAAACCAGAUGACCCAAAGUCCCGCUUCCAGUCCCUAAAUAUAAGGAACACACCUACAAACUUUACUCCCUCAAAACAGCAGCAGAAUCUAAACACUCUUUCAUUAAAUGGUGGCCAAACAGCAAUAAACCUUUCUACUGUUUCUACGACUCAUUCCAAAAACCCAAGUCUUGAUCAAAACCAGAUCCAGCCUUUGGAACAAGACUUGCCAAGCGGUAUGGGUUCACCGGUGCUAGGGACCAGUCAGGAUGACCAUGAGAAGAAUUCUGAAAUGAGCAAGAAGAAUGACUCUAAGGACACUAAUGACGUGGCGAGGGAUAUCGGAGAUUCAGAAUUUUUGGGCAGUGCAAAAAGCCUCAAUGAGGACAAUGGCUCAUCUGAUAGAGACUUUCUCAUGAACACGGAUGACCCUGCAGCUGUCCAGCACAUGUCAAAAAUUGAUCCUCAAGCAGGCAGCAGCUCUGGUGGCCAAAUGGACGAUGACUGCCAAGAUCUAGCCCAAGACGGCCUUCAAAAACUCAAGGGAAAAGAUAAAAUGCCAAUGAAACAUUUUACAGAAGAUGAAAAUGCAAACGUCAAGCAAGCUAAACGAAAUGUGCAAAUGAAACGGCCCUUGUCUAAAGGCCCCGACGCGGGGAUGCAGUAUUCAUCACACGUUUCUGAGGGUUACUAUGAUAGUUACCAGCACCAAGAAAAGAUGAGGCAGAAGAUAAAGGAAGUGGAGGAGAAGCAACCAGAAGUAAAAACUGGUUUUAUAGCCUCCUUCUUGGACUUUUUAAAGACUGGACCAAAACAGCAGUUUUCAGCCCCUGCAGUGCGUGUACCUAAUCGAAUCAGGAGGCCGUGUACCCCGGUCAUAAAGUCCCCUUGUCCUGGCCCCCCUCCUCAGCCGCAGUCUGCAGGUUCUGAGAUGGGUGGCUCUCCUAAAAAGACCGAGGAGGAGUUUAAGAAGAACCUGGAAGCGUUGCCUUCUUUUUCUUCUGAUGAUGAUGAUUCUGUUGGAGGCAAUAAUGAUCUUCAGAAGAGCAUCACCACAGCGUUGUCCGCCUUAGAUGAGAACGGCGAGAAAAAGAAUAAAGCAGGUGAAAAGGCACCAACUUCAGGGAAGCAGGAAUCUCCUCCAGUCUCUUCCCCGAGAACCACUCAGGAGAAGCCGAAAGUGAUCGAGACCCAGAAGAGCACCCAAAAUGAGCUCACGCAGACCGAGCAGCUGGCCAAGCCGCACGACACCAUUGCAAUCGAAGGCUGCACGGAUGACGAGGGCACGGAAAGCGGUGGAGAGGGGAUCUACAGGGAACGCGACGAGUAUGUGGUCAAGAUUGAAGACAUAGAAAUGCUGAAAGAAGCAUUGCAUACUGGCAAGGAACCUCCAGCCAUUUGGAAAGUCCAAAAGGCCUUGCUCCAGAAGUUUAUCCCGGAGAUUCGAGAAGGACACAGGUUGUUUGCUGCCACGAACAGUUACCUUGGCUACUUUGGAGAUGCCAAAACAAAAUAUAAGCGAGUAUAUGUGAAAUUCGUGGAGAACGCAAACAAAAAGGAGUACGUGAGAGUGUGCUCAAAGAAACCCAAGAGCAAGGCUGCUCCCGCUCCCAGUCGAAACACUCAUACAAAGGUCAGCGUGAGUAACAAGGCAACCACCGAGACUCCUCCGCAGAAAACCGUGCCGCCAAAAGUCGUGUCUGCAAAACCAAAAGCCAAACAGCCAAAGACCAAGGCUGAACCUCCACCAAAGAAGAGGAAACAGUGGAAGGAGGAGUUCUCAUCUUCUCAGUCGGACUCCUCGCCAGACAUGCAGAGUGAUGAGGAAGAGUUUGAGCCCCCGCCUCCCCCAGUUGUUACUCGCUUCUUGAACACAAGGGCCAUGAAAGAGACCUUCAAGGGAUACAUUGAGCUGCUUGUAGGAGUUGCGUUGGAUGCCGAUGUGAUGCAAAACCUUGAGAAAGCUAAUGAUGAAGUUCUUCUGCCACACAUGAGGAAGAUCGAAGGGAUGUUAAAUGAGAACAGGAGGCGACUGCUCACAAAACUACAGAUGGAUCAGCCAUUGAAGAAUGCCUUGGAAAAUUAUCCAGAUGUAACCACGAUUACUCGUGAGGCAAAAGGAAAAUCAGGAGGGGCACCUGUGUGUAAAAUAAAAGUACACGGCAAAUGGUACAACAAGAAAACCAUGCGACCCACUAAAACAGCUUCAAAGCAAUCACAGGAAUUCCCUGUAGAUCCAGAAAAAUCCCAGUUGUGUUCACUCUAUCAUGCACUCCACCAUUACAAGUACCACAUAUACCUUUCAUGCAAAGAUGAGGUUACCUCUGUUCAGAAAUCAAAUCGGGACCUACAGCAAGCAGACCUCGUUAACCACUGUCUGAAAAACAUGAAGUGGGUGGAGGAUCUCUUUGAAAAAUUUGGUGAACUUUUGAGCCGGGUGCAACAGACUUGCUCUUAAAGCCUGGCUUUCUUUUUUUUUUUUUUUUUUUUUUUAAAUAUUUGGAGACCCUCACGACCAUCUUAUUCCCGUCUCUCACAGUUCUCCUUGUUGUAUAUCCCCCCUCCCCCUCAUCAAACAGCCUAACAUAUUUUAAGCGGAGACAAGAGACUCUGGUUGGCACCUUUACAUGACUGCAGAGAUUGCUGAUGAAUAUACAGCUCUGGAGAGUACGUCGGGAAUGAACGCCUGGGAGACGAGCAGCACGUUUGUCCCCCAUUCAUUUUGUAAACUGUUCCCUGUUGCAUAUUCUCCCCCCCCCCCCCCUUCCUAAGACAAAAUGAUACAGCAUGCACUAAACUAUAGAAUAAAUUACUUUAUUACCUAUAGCGUUAACACCUAAAACUGCUUUACUACAUUUUUUUUUUUCUCCACCAAAAUUAAAAGCAAAAAAAAUUCAAGACCCCGUUCACUCCUCUCCCUCACCCUAUUUUUCUCCCUCCCAUGCUUAAAAAAAAAAAAAAAGACAAGAACAUAUAAGGUGGAGUUACAGGAACAAUCUCUGCAUUUUUAAUUUACAGGCCACAGCAUUUAGAAUAUUGUACAUUUUGUAAAACAGAGUUUUGCGAUACAUCACUUUAUGAUAGCCACCAUGACAAAAAGAAAAAAAGAAAAAUGGUAGAAAAAAAUCGUUAUGCUUUACGGACUCCUUUUACAAGUUUCUUUUGGUUCAGGUGACUGAACGCGGAGUUGGUGCAAUCCUUUGACUGCUUUUUGUGUCAAAUUAUAUUAUAAUGGAUAAAAAUGACAUUAACUAUUUUCCCUGUUUUGAAGAAAACUAUUUUCCUUUAUACUGUGUUUUUUCUUUAAGGGAAAAAAAAAAAACAAUUGUACAUUUUAUCUCACGAAUAGUUGUAUUUUUCACAGAGAAAAUAUUUGUGGUUCUAAUUCUGUUUCCUGGGUCUUUGUAAUAAUACACUUCUUCCCGUUGUGUUUAUUUUUUUUAACUUUUUUUAUUUUAUUUUUUUUUUUUUUUGUCCUUCCUUUUCAGUAAACCCCUUCAUUUACAUGUUGAUUUCACAUUGUAUGCAAUAUAUCUUAAGCAAUGCUUCUAUCCCCUCCCUCCUCCUCCUCCCCCACCUAGAUAUUAGCGGCAGUUUUAACCGGCAAAAUGUAUAGCGGGUUACUAUAGUUUUUACAAUGUAGACAAUGCAACCAAUUUUCUGAUCCUUGGAAAUAAAUGACUUACUUAACAUGUA